GUGCACCUCUCACAGACUCACUGUUUUUCGCCAUGCCGAUGCCUGAAGAGAGGGCGAGAGAAUCACCUCAUUUCACAACGCUGCAGGAGCUUUACCAGGAAAGGAAGGUCUUUGUGGAUUUGCCUCAAGACAUCUAUGGCGUGGCAAUCGCUGCAGCAAUUGGGGACUUGUCGGUCAUCAUGCACGGGCAAAAUGUGAAAAAGGUGAACUUCGCAAGGCUGAUAUUUGGCAUUGUGACGUUGGCCGUGAACUUGUGGCUUCAACUCUUCAUCCUGUACUAUGUGAACCACUAUAUUGUGCAAAAUGCUGUGCACGACGCCCAGGAGAAUUAUGCACAAUUCCAUCGCGAAGUCUUUUCCGAGGACGGCGAGUUUGUGCAAGAGAAAUGGGAUAAUUGGAACAAUGGCCCUUACAUGGAGCUUUGCAACAUGGCUGUGAGCAAGCUCAGCUUUUCUGCAGGCAUCGUCUUCCUUUGGUGUGCACGCAUGUUGAACGAAGUGCGUGACAGCUGGCAACUGGCUCAUGACAUGUUUUCCAUUGAGAAUUUGCCGGCUGAAGCCAAACCGCAUGAAAUGUUGUACGAGGUGCUGGAUGACAGUGGAGAAACUCUGCGGGUGGAAAUUGUGGCUGUGAGUUGGCAAGCGAGAUUCAUUGUGUCGAUCUUGGUUUUGCUACCCAAGAUUGUGGUGGCUACGUUGCUCACUUACAUUGGAUGCCGUUGGCUCGCUGCGACCCAGUCCUUCGGCGAUUUGAUCUUGAAUGCUUUGGCGUUGGAAUUUGUCAUAGGCAUCGACGACUUGAUGCACGAGGCCUUCACGCCUUUGGAUGUCCGUCAGUUUAUUGAGUUGACAAAGUUCGCUCACAUUCCGAAGGACAAAAGUGCUUUAGAUGGGCAAACGGAUGAAACCAGCGCAGAAGUGAUAAGGAGCAUGCUGCUUGUGGUGGGACUUUUGGUUUGGGCAUUCGUCUACUUAAACUACUUCCAGCAGGAGUGGUGUGGUGUUAUGGUGUGGUGUUAUGGUGUGGUGAUGGUGGCGGUGGCGGUGGUGGUGGAGGAUGCCGCCCACAUGUGCCGUUCUAUUUGUGGAGAAGGAGAAGACCAAUUUUUUAGAAUCGAAGGCUGGUUGAAACUGGAGGUACUCAAGAUAGAAGCCAGGGUGCUACGACCAAGUUGGUUGUUUGUGCAUGUUUGUGCAAAUCUGCUAUUGAUCAGCACCAUUGGGGUUGAAGAGGUGAGCGAGACUACGCUGAAGUAUGGGACCAGUCUUCGCUAUGGCUGGGCACAUCCAGUGCUCAGGCUUGCUAAAGCUUGCUAAAGCUUGCUUGCAGGUACUGCCCAAUUUUCCGCACGACAUUCGUGAGCAUUGCGCGGACAGGUUCUACUCGCACUACACUGUGCGUUGUGGCUUCUUUGCCGAUCCCACCGAGUGCUUUCCCUAUGGCAGCAGUGACUGAGUUCUGAGAUCGUGACCUCUUAGCAGUCUUUUCGCGCCAGGGCAAAAUGUCCUGGAAAAUGACAAGCUCGAAGAUCCUACUGUUGACAGACUCCAC